UUUGAAAUAACAUUUCAAAGUAAAGAAUCUGAGUCUGUCACACUGUUGCCAUGGAGUUGCCCUAUAUCUACAGACGCGAAUCGACAUUGAGUCCCUCCCCGCAGGCAGGUCUGUGAAAUUCCUCCAGUUAUGUUAACAGAGGAAAUACAGCUUGUUGAAGUUGUGACAGAUACACGUUUGACUGUCUUUAGUGCCUUCCAAUAACACAUGAGCCUGGGCUUCAUCGACUAAUUAAAGAGGCGGUUGCUAAGAGAUGACAAGCGGUGACAUCGCUGCUGAGAGCCUCUGUGCUGCAGCCUGAACCUGCGUCUCUACUCUGGGUCUCUUUUCUCAACCCCUGUCUAUACCUGACUACACCUGACCCAUGUGAAGGAGUAGGGGGAGAGGGAGCGAGAGGAGCCACACCACACACACGCCAUGGCAGCUUUCACCAGUACCCCCAAAGUGAGAUCCAGGAGUGCUCCUCGGCACAGAGACUGGGACCAGAGCCCGGCCGAGUGUGACUGGAAGGACUGUGAGGCUGGAGGCGGUGAGAGAUCUACAGGACACAGCACCAUGCUGGAGAAGACCCAGGACUUCUUCCAGAUCUGUGACAUCGAGGACAAAGGCUUCAUCACCCACCGGGACAUGCAGAGGCUCCAUGGACAGCUGCCCCUCAGUGCAGAGGAGCUGGAGAAUGUCUUCGACACCCUGGAUUCUGACGGCAACGGAUACCUCACCCUGCAGGAGUUCUCCUCAGGGUUCAGUGAGUUCCUGUUUGGCCGAAGGAUCUCUGUAACAGAAGGGAUGGGAGAGGCUAGCCACAUUGCCAAGGAAGCCAACCAGGGCCCCCCAGACUCCCUUUACCAGACCCAGUGGGAGGAGAGGCUGAUGGGCAGCGAGGACGAGGAAGAGAGGCACUUCUGCAUGCUCAUGGAGAGCUUGGGCGCCAGCAAUGUCUUUGAGGACCCUGGUGAGGUGCGUAGUCUGUGGGCCCAGCUGAGAAGAGAUGAGCCGCAUCUCCUGUCCAACUUUGAGGAGUUCCUGGCCAGYGUCACCUUCCAGAUCAAAGAGGCCAACCAGGAGAAGAGGGAGAUGGAGAGCGCCCUUAAAAGAAAAGCAGCAACACAUGACGACGAGAUCCAGCGCUUAUAUGAAGAAAUGGAGCAGCAAAUCAAAAAUGAGAAGGACAGGAUCCUCCUGCAGGACUCUGAACGCUUCCUGUCUAGGAGCCAGGACUUAGAGCAUCAGCUCUCCAGUAAGGAGCGGGAGCUGGAGCAGAUCUUCCAGAAACAGAGGCGGUUGGAGUGUCAGUGUCGGGAGCUGCACAGCGAGCAGCACGUGACCAAGGUGGAGAAUGUGAAGCUGAAGCAGACCAAUGAGGAUCUGGCCCAAGAGCUGGAGCACACCAGUCAGGAGCUGACCCUGGCACAGGAGCAGCUGGGCCUCCUGCAGGAGCAGUCGUCACGCCUGCACAAGGAGAGGGAGAGGGAAAUGUACCAGGUCACAGAGGGAUUGCAGAGAGAGCGAGCAAGCCUGCUGAAACAACUUGACCUGCUGAGGGAAAUGAACAAACACUUACGAGAUGAACGAGAUAUGUCCUCGUAUCAAAAACUGAGGAAUACUGUUGAAAAUCCUGCUUGGAACCCGAGGCCUGGAUCAAAUACUCUGAAUCCCUUUGACAAAAAGGCCUUUAAAUGUGAGGAAGAGGUAGGGCUCCCCCACUCUAAGAAGAGCCCGGGGGGAGUGAAUGGCUACAGCCUGGAGGAUGUGGUAGCCUCCAAACCCCCCCACAGACCCCUACAGAGGAUCAUCUCCAUAGAGGAGGACCACCUACCCCAGCUCUUGCAGGACGACUUCCAUGCCCAGCUCUGUGAGUGGAGCGAGGAGGCAGAGGAAGACGGGGAGGAGGAAGAACACAUAGAGCUGCAGAUGAACUCAAUAUAUCCUCCAAGUUCUCUUCCGACUAGGGAGCAGCAGCCAGCUGACACCAGAGAGUCAGAGACGCCUACAUCCCCCAGGGGUCAGCCUGUCGGCAAGGAGACCGUAGUGAACGAGGGUGCAGCGCCACCCCCGGACCGCCUGUUUAAGAUCGUGCUGGUAGGGAACUCUAGCGUGGGGAAGACCUCACUCCUCAUGAGGUUCUGUGACGACUGCUUCUACCCAGGCACCUCUGCCACCGUGGGCAUAGACUACAGUGUGAAAACGAUAACGGUGGACAACAGCAAGGUGGCGCUGCAGAUGUGGGAUACAGCAGGACAGGAGAGGUAUCGCAGCAUCACCAAGCAGUUCUUCCGCAAAGCUGACGGUGUGGUAGUCAUGUAUGACAUCACUGAUGAGCAGAGCUUCACUGCGGUGAGACAGUGGCUGACCAGUGUACAGGAGGGGGCCGGCGAGGAUAUUCCCAUCAUGCUGCUGGGAAACAAAACGGACAAGGAGAGCGAGCGGGAGGUUCAGACGAGAGUAGGCGAGAAAUUGGCCAAGGACUGCCAGUUGAUUUUCUAUGAGUGCAGUGCUUGCUCUGGACAAAACGUUGUAGACUCUCUGGUACAUUUGGCAAGAAUUCUGAAAGAGCAGGAGGACAGAGAGAAAGAGAAGACGGUCCAACUGGUAAACAGCUCUUCACAUAAGAAGAGGUCCUGCUGCUAGCAACAAGAAUGCUACUAGCUAGCUUCUAUCUUCUCAACACACAAGGUGAUGGUGAACUCACCUAAUUAAAUAUACAGUAUAUUCUGACUAGAGUUCCUUAAGAACUCAAAGAUCUACAGCACAAUACCUCUCACUGUCACCCAGUCCACCUACUCUCACUGUCACCCAGAACACCUGUUUCUUGAAUCUGUUUUUUUUUUUUUUUUAAACACCUCUGAGGGGGGAAAAAUAAUAAUAAAAAUGUCUUAGAAUUUCACACGAUGAAAGGGCCAGGGUAGGUGCUGACACUGCCAUACAUGGAUAAUGAAAUUUUUUAAAAGACAGUCUUGCACUACAAUAAUAAAAUAUUGAUUUUCCUAAUGACAACUUAUUUUUAAUAAAUUUAUUUUCAACUAGCUAAGUCAAAACCAGUAACUAUACUACUUUUAUAUUUAAUUCAGUACAGUUUACACUGUCUGAAAAGUGUACUGAAAAAAUAAAAGUAAACCUUGUUAAUAGUUGGGUUAGGUUUCGUGAAAUCUGAAUUUCAUUCAGGACCAAUUUAACAUUUUCCAAUAGUAGAGAAGGGUUAUAACAUUUGUCAGAUUUGGACUUUAUCUCAGAUCAAUUUGAUGAAUAGAUUAGCUUAUCCCUCAAAUGUAAUAAGGUUUACUGUGUUGUAUAUGUAAUGUUGGGAUGAUUUACCAGAAGUCAACUACAGAUGUGGGAUCCUAAUUUGACCAGUAUUGUCGCAGCAAAAUAAUCCUGCAGCAACAGGAUUUGAACGUUUAGUCCAUUAACUUUUCUGCCGAUGUAAUGUUGCUAGAUCGUGAUUAGGCUACAUGAAAAGUGCAAUACUGUUAAUAUAAUGUGUUAGUGUGAGUUUUUAGUGAAUCUGUCAAUUCUGGGGCACAGAAAUUCUCAGCAACAGCAGUGAUCAAGUGAAGAUCCUACAUCUGUAUGUGUCUAGAAAGUCUAAUUGGCAGCUUCUCCUUUUACACAAAUGUUUGUUUUACACUUUGCAUUGACAGUGGAAGGUAGUAAAGCUCUGACAUACUA